GUAAAAUCCCAAAACCAAAAAGUGAGGGACAAACUUGAAAAAAUUAUUUAUAGUUGUUAUGACAAAAGUUAAACGGCUUAAUUUACCGAAAAGAUUUUUUUAAAAAAAAUCUCUGUUUCUACAUCCUUAUAAUUUUCACCAUGUGCUUAAAAUCAUUUUUUUGUAAAUUCCAAUUGCAGGUCCAAAUCAAUACGCGCAAAUUUUUCAAAGGAUACACAGAAGGAAGAACAUAUGGGAAUUUCUGGCCAGAGAUGCUGAAGCUCAAAGACUGGCCACCAUCUGACAAGUUUGAGGAUCUAUUACCGCGACAUUGCGAUGAGUUUAUCAGUGCGCUCCCAUUCCAAGAGUAUACCGACCCAAGAGACGGAAUCCUUAAUGUUGGUGUCAAGUUGCCACUUGGGAUCAUUAAACCUGAUUUAGGUCCUAAGACCUACAUUGCAUAUGGUGUUUCAGAAGAACUCGGAAGAGGAGACUCCGUGACAAAGCUUCAUUGUGACAUGUCUGAUGCAGUAUGGCCACUCUCUAUUAUUUGUGGGUAUUUUUGUUUUGUUUUGCUGCCAUCUUUUCUGAAAAAAUGCGAAUGAUUUCAGAUAAAUAUAUUGACGCACACGGCAGAAGUACCCUUAAGCAAAGAACAAAAGUUUGCGAUUGAGAGAUUGAAGGAAAAACACAGAGCUCAAAAUGAGAGGGAACAUGUUGUAGGAGCAGAUCAUGUUUUGGAUCAUGAUGAUCACCAAAGAUCUUCAUUUGAGGGGUUUGGAGAUGGGAGUGGAAGUGCACUUUGGGAUAUAUUUAGAAGAGAGGAUGUACCUAAGCUGAAUGAGUAUCUUGUAAAGCACUCGAGAGAAUUUCGACACACUUACUGUUGUCCUGUUGAAAAGGUAAAACUCGAUCUCGUCAAAUCUUCUUCUUCUUCCUCCCCAUGAUCAACAUUUUCUGAUUCCUUCCUUUUCUUGGCACCAAACAGGUCUUUCACCCUAUUCAUGACCAAUGCUUCUAUUUAACAUUCGAGCACAAGAGAAAACUCAAGGAAGAAUAUGGUUAGUGUUCAUAUCUCAUCAUUUUGAAGGUUGGGAAAAAAAUAUUCAUUUCCAUGAAGUUCAAACUAAUGAUCAUCAAAACAGGAAUAGAGCCAUGGACAUUUGAGCAGAAGGUCGGAGAGGCCGUGUUCAUUCCUGCAGGCUGUCCUCAUCAAGUCAGAAAUCUCAAGGUAAGCCUAACACUCUCUCAAGUUCUCCUCACUUUUUAUUCACUGUGUUGUGCACCUGAUUGAUUGAUGACACUGUAAUAUGGGACCCGCACUCAGUCGUGUACGAAAGUCGCAGCAGACUUCAUUUCUCCAGAAAACAUCCAAGAGUGCUUCCGGCUCACAGAAGAAUUCAGGAAGCUGCCAAAUAACCACAAAAGCAGGGAAGACAAGCUUGAGAUAAAGAAAAUGGUUCUUUACGCCAUCAACCAAGCAGUUCAAGAUUUGGAAAACCUCGACAUCUUUCCAAGCAAUCUGUGAUCAGUCAUAACAGUAGUAUUUAUUUAUUUAUUUUGAAGAAAAACACUCUCUUCUACAGUGAGGCCUAGUUUUUUUGUUUGAAAUACUGAUAGUGGAAACCCUCACUCGGAUCUAUAGAAAAGAAGCUAAACUGUAAUAAGGUCAUAUUGGACCCGUUCUUUUGUAAUGGAACAUAUUUUUUAUACACUAGUGUUCAAAGUUUAGAAGAGUUGAAUAUUCGUUGUAAUGUUGAAUUCCAUGAAACUCGGUGCGGGAACUUAAUUUUAGGAUGAAUGCGUAGUGUUUUGAAAAACAAAAUUGAAGAGAUUUCUUACACCCAUUUGUGUUGAUGUGUUCUUCACAUGUCAUAUACAUACUCCUCUUGCCAUUGAGCCACCACUCCAAAGAGAACAACCUAAAAAUCAAAGCUAUAGACAUAA